AAGCAAUAGGUUUUUAAUGGCAUUGUAUCGCUUCAUAUCUCGAAAGAGUAAACCUCUCAACCUGUACUCUGAUAACGGUACUUCGUUUGUUGGAGCUUUUAAUGAUAUAGCUAAGUUUUUGAAACAAAAUUGCAAUUCCUUAGGCGAAAGUACGGCCAACAGUGGCAUUUCCUUUCAUUUUAUUCCGGCUUAUAGCCCUCAUAUGGGUGGUCUUUGGGAAGCCGGUGUUAAAUCGACUAAAUAUCAUUUACAAAGAGUUUUGGGCAAUUGUAAUAUAACCCAUGAAGAGCUUAACACCACAUUGACUCAGAUUGAGGAGAUCUGAAACUCCCGACCGUUAAUUCCGUUGUCUUCUGAUCCUGUUGACUGCACGCCGUUGACGCCCGGUCAUUUUGUUAUUUGACGGUCUCUCAUUAGUUUACCACAACCAGAUUAUACCGAUUGUUGUUCGAGUCAGCUUACACGCUUUCAUCGAAUUGAGCAGCUACGACAACAUUUCUGGACAAGAUGGAGCAAAGAAUAUACUGCGGAGUUACAACUGAGAGUGAAGUGCCGAUCUUGUAAAGGCAGUCUGCAGCUGGACACUUUAGGAGGGAAGGAGGACAAUCUGCCUCCACUGAAGUGGAGACUUGGAAGGAUCGUGGCAGUGCAUCCUGGAUCUGAUGGAGUGGCUCGUGUAGCCGACAUUAAGACGUCGACUGGAGUGAUUCGUCGCUCAUUCGCUAAGAUUUGCCCGUUACCAGUAUCUUCAAACUAUGGGUGAAAACAAUGUCUUCACCGCCUGGGGGCAUG